AUGUCCAAACCUUACGUUGUGUUCGGCUACGGAUCACUCAUUUGGAAGCCGCCACCGCACGUCAUCGAAGAAACUCCCGGUUUUCUUAAGGGUUAUGUUCGUCGCUUUGCCCAGAGCUCAAAUGAUCAUCGAGGCACUCCAGAGGUCUCCCCAAUUGGUCCAGUCACACUCAUCCACAUCGAUGAAUGGAACAAAUUCUCUUCCACCGACAUUUUCCCACAUGAAGAUGUUGUUUGGGGUAUUGCGUACACGAUAGCCCCAGUGUAUGCCGCGGAAACGAAAACAUACUUAGACUACCGGGAAAAGAACGGAUACUCCGAGGCAACCGUGGACGUCUGGGGCUUACGUGAUGGAGAAGAAGUAGUAAUAAGGCCUAAUGUGUACGUAGGACAACCAGACAAUCCGGCAUUUGUUGGAUCUGAGCCUUACGACAAGUUGGCUAAACACAUUUGGUCGCACCAAGGGGCAUCUGGCCAAAACAAGGAUUACCUUUACAAACUAAGUGAGAGUAUCCGUCGCCUGGCCCCAGAAAGUCACGAUUCCCACCUGUUCACGCUAGAACGCAUGGUAAGGGCCAUAGACGCUGCAGAAGCGCAAGAUUUCGCCGUGGGUAAUGGAGCGAAGAAGAGUCUGAGUCUGACCGUCAGUAAUUCCGGUUGA